AUGGCGGAUGACGAUUCCAAAGGAGACGUCAAGCGGCCCGUCGAGGAAGGUUGGGAGACUGCUCGCCCUAAGAAGAAGCGGAAAGCGGCGCAAAUCCUGGCCGUGGACGUGAACGCUUCUUACAGCCCGGGCUUGGCAGAUGUUCAGAGUUUGCUCCUGCGUAUCUUCACCGAGCAGUACGGCGAAAACCCUCGCUGGCUCUGCGUUCGGGGGAUGAACCUCGUGAAAUGCUGCAGAGUCGUUCUCCUUCCGUGUCUGGAGAGCACGGUCGUGCUCAAUCGGCCCGCAUCGGCACCUUUCCUCACGUCUCUCCUUCGCAGCAAAAACCGUGUUGCGAUGAAGACAUCUUCAGAAGUGGAGCACUUCCCAAAAGACCAGGGAGCAGCAGACGCUGGUUCACGGAUGCUGCUCUCUUUGCUGGCAGCCAGAGCCAAGCCCACGGUUGCCAAAAAGGCUAAAGCUAAAGCCCCGGCCAAAGUUCAGCCGGGUGCGAGCGAGGCGAAAGUGCCAAUCAGAGAGUACCUUGUGUCGGAAGAAGCGCGGAAUCGAAGUGGCUAUCCCGACAAGAGCUGCUGCGGAAGGCCAGGUUGGGUAGUCCUCCCGGAGCGGUCUGACCAGGGAGAAGGACAGCUGCCGGCCCCGGUUGAGGGCGCUGAUGAGCAAGCAAACCUCGAUCCAGACGCGAAGCACUUGGUGGCUUUAGAUUGCGAAAUGGUCAUGACAUCCUCGGGACUCUCCUUGGCGCGAGUCUCCUUGGUGGGUGAUGAGAAUGAGCUCUUGUACGACAGCUUUGUGCAGCCAGACCAGCCCAUCACGGACUAUCUCACUCAAUUCAGUGGAAUCACAAAGGAGACGCUGGAUGGGGUGAAGGUAAAGCUCUGCGAUGUCCAGAAGAGGCUGCAGGAAGACGUCGAUAAGAACAAGCGACAAGGUCCGCAAAACGAGCUUCUGCAAAGGAAGACAAGUUAG